AUGGAUUCAAAUCCUCUAUUCGGAAGUUCGUCUCCCGUGGAGCCAGCCGAGAGUGGCCAGACGAUAUUCUCAUCGCAACCACCGACCUUCAUUCUGCCCACCCAUUUGACCCUUGAUCAACUACACGAGACGGAGAGUCGUCUCGUUGAACAUGGUGGGAAAAUCACUUAUGACAUUUCCGAGGCCGGUUUGGUUUUGGGGAAGAUUGGCCAAAAGAAACGUGCGGCAUUAGAGCUUCGUUCCCGGGGAUUCUGGACAGAGGAGUCUCCGUCUUUCUCUAUACCGACUCAGACGGUAUUCUCGGAGGAUAAGGAACCUCCGUUGAAAUGCAGGAAGGCUGAACGAAGCAUUUCAGCUGUCACUGCUGAAAAAUCAGAGAUAAUUGACCUCAGCACUGAGUCCGAAAGUGAGGAAGAUGGGGUGACAAACCGACAUGGUCAAUCCCAACGUUUGGUACAAGUCAAAGAUCCGCCAGGCACUAUCACCGUCCUCAAGUUAGAGUGGCUAGACAGUUCCAUCCUAGCUGAGAAGGCCCUCUCCUACGAUUCGUUUAUGGUAUACAAAGGGCGAAAGACCCAAGUGCCUGGGAACGAGGCCCCUACAAAAUUAUCCUCAGAGAAGCUCUCCACCCGAAUCCUCGAACGCGCCAAAAUCGAUGCCGCGUCGCAACCUCCACCAAUACCCGCCAAUCGAUUCCACUCUCGGCGCUCAAAAGAACCACAUGAUGGUCCUUCCAGUCAGCGGCCACCAACCCUAUACCGAACAACCACAUCCGAGAACGACGAAACCGCUACCCUGCCAACGCAACCAGAUUGGGUUCGCGACCACGUUCUAUACGCAUGCAUGCGCUCAGCACCGCUGCACCCACCAAAUGCAGAUUUCAUAGCCCAGCUCAUGAAAAUCCGCCGUAUCCGCGAACUCACACUCGACGAGAUCGGCGUUCGAGCAUAUAGCACAUCAAUAGCAUCUUUAGCAGCGUACCCCUAUGUACUCAAACGGCCAAGUGAAGUCCUCACACUACCCGGCUGCGACGUGAAGAUUGCAAACCUCUUCUCCGAGUUCCAGCAACAUGGUGGCUGCAACCACACCGACGAUGAUGGGAACAUCGCUGCGGCAGAUGCAUUGGAUACGGACCCUGUGCUGCGCGUGCUAAACACGUUUAAUAAGAUCUGGGGCGUGGGCGCAAAGACGGCCAGAGAGUUCUACCACAAGGGAUGGAGGGAUCUGGAUGAUGUUGUCGAGUAUGGAUGGGACUCACUGUCGCGGGUACAGCAGAUCGGAGUCAAGUUCUUCGAUGAGUUCGAGGCUGGUAUUUCGCGCAGGGAGUCGGAGGUCAUUGCCGACAUUGUACGGCAUCAUGCUCAGCGCGUGCGCCCGGAUGCGGACAAUAUCGAUUGCAUUAUUGUCGGCGGCUACCGUCGUGGAAAGGAAAUAUGUGGUGACGUGGAUAUCAUACUGACACACCGCGACGAAUCGGUCACGCGAAACCUGAUCGUGGACGUGGUGGCUAGUCUAGAGAAGGAGGCGUAUAUCACACACACCCUCUCCUUACAUCUCACCUCGACACUGCGCGAGCAGGCGACUCUUCCAUUUCGAGGCGAUGAAACAGGAAAGAAUUUUGAUUCGCUCGAUAAGGCGCUGGCCGUAUGGCAAGAUCCUAUCUUUGAUGCUACGGAGGCGAGCGACGUGGAUCGGCGGAAACGAAAUCCGAAUCCUCAUCGUCGGGUGGACAUCAUCAUAUCACCGUGGCGCACCGUGGGCUGUGCAGUGCUCGGAUGGUCUGGAGAUACGACUUUUCAGCGAGAUCUGAGGCGAUAUGCGAAGAAAGCGCAUGAUUGGAAGUUUGAUUCUAGUGGGGUGCGGAAGCGUACUGCUGGUGGGCAGGUGGUGGAUUUGGAGCAUGGAGGGGAGACGUGGGAGGAAAGGGAGAGACUGGUCAUGGAGCGGUUGGGAGUUGGGUGGAGGCCUCCGUGGGAGCGAUGUACACGAUAG